CCAAGUCGCUGCGCUGAUUUCCGUAGAUUUCCGUGUUUCAAGAAGUCAUUAGUUUACUAUUUUGUGUAAAAACUAGAAUAUUGCCUACAAUGCGUAAAAUAAUGAAUAUUUGAGUGAUCCGUCAUCACUAGCUGGGCAAUAUUUAUAGGAAGCUACUUACACAAAUAAAAAUGGAGAAUAAUUUGAGCAGAAGUGGGAGCCGUUCUAGCUCUGCUUGUGACCUAGAAAAGGAUUUGAGCGAUAUGGAAAUAAUGAAAACUAGGACAAAUCGACGUAACGUAAUUGUACGAUCGCAACCAGCACGCAAAGCAAAGCGAAUAAGAUUCUUUCGAAACGGCGAUAAAUUCUACUCGGGAGUUACAAUACCCGUAUUACCUGAACGUUACAGGUCUUUCGACAGUCUAACUGCAGAUCUUACAAGAGUAUUAGUUGACAAUGUUACAUUACCUAGUGGUGUAAGAACAAUAUACUCAUUAGAGGGUAAGAAAAUUGGCAACUUGGAUGACUUAGAAGAUGGGCAAUCUUAUGUGUGUAGUGGAUUUGGUGAGCCAUUCAAACGUUUGGACUAUGAAGCUGCUACUACACCACAAUCCUUCCGGCUGAGUGGUCCAGAAUCACUGGACAGCGCCAGUCCUUCUCCAGCCAGAGCUAAUAACAGACUAUCCCGUUACUUACAGACUAAUGGUAGCAAUACUACUGGAAAUGGGUCACCAAGAGUUAGCCCAGCCGGUGACAAUGUAGUCCGACCACGAAUAGUAACUAUUCUAAGAAAUGGGGUAAAGCCUCGCAAGGUUUGCAGGUUGCUAUUGAACAAACGCAAUAGUCCAACUCUGGAACACGCUUUAGCAGCUAUUACGGAAUGUAUAAAAUUAGAUACAGGAUGUGUGAGAAAAGUUUUCACACAAUCUGGUACUCCAGUCACUUCCUUGAACCAGUUCUUUGAAGAAGAGGAUGUCUUUUUUGCUUAUGGAAACGAGAGAGUAAAUCAAGAAGACUUUGAAUUAGAAUUUGAAGAGAGUAAAGCUGUAUUACAAUAUAGAAAAACUAAAUACAAUCCAGUAACUAGGAACACAAGAGCGGGACCCAAGCCGCGCAUGCCUGUUAAAGCUAGCGGCGCUGCUCGUAAAGAGAACGAUGCAAAUGCUGCAGCGGGAGAGAAUGAGGAGUCCCCAUUAGCUAACUUGCUCCCUCAGCCUCUCCGACUUAAAUAUAAUGUCGGAAAAAUUAUUGGAGACGGAAACUUUGCUGUAGUAAGAAUAUGUAUGGACAAAAGCACUGGCAAGGAGUAUGCACUCAAAAUUAUUGACAAAGCCAAGUGCAAGGGCAAAGAGCAUUAUGUGGAGGCUGAGGUGCGAGUCAUGCGGAAGCUGUGUCAUCCUCGGAUAGUCUCUCUUGUCGAAGAACAAGACAGUCCCGAAUGGUUGUUCCUCAUAAUGGAACUCGUUAGCGGUGGCGACCUAUUUGAUAGCAUUGCAGCCGCUUCUAAAUUUUCUGAACCUCAAGCGCGUUUGCUAAUCGGUCACCUAACAUCAGCUAUUGCAUACCUACACUCGCUUUCUAUAGUGCAUCGAGACAUCAAACCUGAGAACCUAUUGGUGGAAGUGGGCCCAGAUGGAAGCAUAAGGGGUCUUAAGCUGGCAGACUUUGGUCUAGCCGUUGAGGUGUGGAGACCACUCCACGCAGUGUGUGGAACACCCACCUACGUUGCUCCAGAGAUAUUGCUGGAGACUGGAUAUGGAUUGAAGAUCGACGUGUGGGCGGCGGGCGUCAUCCUGUACAUUCUGCUGUGCGGUUUCCCGCCAUUCUCGUCCCCCGACGGCGACCAGGAGCGACUGUUCGACGCCAUAUUGUCCGCGCGCCUCGAGUUCCCCGCGCCGCACUGGGAGCGCGUGUCGGCGGGGGCUAUAGACCUAGUGGCCAACAUGCUCCGCCCGCAGCCGGAGCUGCGCUUCGCGGCUGAAGACGUGCUGGACCACGCUUGGAUGGCGGAUGAUUACGAUGAAAUGUGUGACUUCCGUACGUGGUACGAGGAUGACUCGUCAUAGCGCGACGUGAACAGUGACGUAUAGAAAUUGCUCAUAGAAUACGCGCGAUAAACUGCUUUUGAUACCGACGGCGUCUUGCUGUUUGACACAGCCGAGCUGGCCUUCACAGAACACCAGUAAUACCAAAGUUAUUCCAUAAUUUAUGUAAAUUAAAAAAAAAACAUGAUACUGCACACGCGUCCGAGUGUUCAAUUUUUUUUGUCAAAUUAUAGUGAGCAGUAUCUAUGUUAGUCCGGGAUUUAAUCAACUUCUUUUAGGUGCAUAAAAUAAUCAUUUAAUGAAUUCGUUUAUUUAUUUUCUAUGUUUACUUUAAUUUCUAUAGAGAAAUGUAGCUGUAAUAAGUAUUUACGAAACCAGUUAUUUAUGGCUGUAACCAACGUAGUAUUAACUAGUACUUGAUCAGCUAAAUCUUCAAUGCAUUUAUUGAUUUCAUUGAAUAACACGCGAUCUCCACUAUUGCAUUGAUGAUAAUGACAAAUAUUUUUAUGUUAUUUAUAAAUUAUUUUAUAGACGCGUCGCUUUGUAAUGGGUCUACCGCUUGGGAGAGAUGUAUGACAUAUUAUAUACAUAAUCUAAAUAAAUGAUAUGAGAGGUUUAAUAGAGGAAUAGUUGUUGCUUUAAUUUAUGACAAGCUUUGAGCUAAUGAAAUCUAGUGCAUAUUAUUUAUUUAGUAUAUAAUUUGAACAGAAUGUAUUUUUUAAGCACUGCAUUUUCAGUUAACGAGAUGUCAAUAUAGAAUGUACAGAUGUCAGACAUGCUUAUAAAUUGAAAAGUUUUCAUAAUAUAUUUUUCAUAAUAUCACAUAAAAAUUAUUAGUUUUACUGCAAUCCUCAUGUAGUAUGCUUUGAUAUGUUAUAAGUUAUAACCAAGUGUAAAAAGAUAUAUGUAGCUAAAGGUGAGUCUAUCCAACUUCUAUUUCCGAUUAUUUAUAAGUAUUGUUAUUACACUUUGGUCUAAUGGCGGGGUUUGUAUGCCGUUUAGGUACUUGUUGCAAUAGGCUAUUUCAGGUGGAAAAAGACGCUCGGAUUGCACUUGUAAGUAAAAUGGUGAUCACUAACUUUGUCUAUUUUACUAAGCUACUAAUAUAAACCUUUGCAGACUACUGUAAUAAGAAUUAGAAAGCGCAUCCGAGCACUGUCUUCCGCCGCAAAAGCCAUAAACUAGAACACACAAUAUUUAGGUGCCAAACACUGCAUCACUCACACUUUUCAUUUUAAUGCUGCUAGAUAAAUUGAUUCCCAAUAAGGUCUCUGCCGUGCCUUUGUGCGAAAAACAAGGCAGAGACUUAAGAUGAAUUAUCCCAGUAUAUUAGACUUGGGUUGAUUAGAAAAAUUGAGUUACUAUUGAGAUUUAUUAAGCGUGAAAUUUUUAUACAAUGCUUUGAUUAAACAUAUAAAAAUGUA